AUGUAUCAUCAUCCAGGACAAGAGUCCCUGAGCAGAUUUGACACACUUGAUCUUGAUCGGUACCCCAUAGCAUUACGUCCGGCAUCACGGCAGAAUCGCAGCAUCCUUCCUACACCACCUAGUAGCACCCGCACAUCGCUUGAGGAAUCCCAGGGUCUACAAGAACCUAUUUGCGCCACCCAACCUUUUACACAAUUAGUUGUGUCACCCACAAAAGCAGAUGUACCGUCUUGUCAUUUGACUCCUCCACCAUCCCCAUCCAGUCCAGGGCAAGAAACCUCCAGCUCUAUCUUGAAGUCUCUUAGGGAUGUUGCAAGCAGAGUGGUGUCCAGGCUUGUGUUCGAAAAUGUGUCAGCCCCUGUAUAUGAAGAAGUCGUAGAAGAAGCCACAAAAAAUGGGGAUUGGCAAGAUGUAAGAGUUGAUUAUGAUGGAAGUGUGCUCAUUGUACAUUGCCCAAGCCUUGGCCACGAAUUUCCUGGGGAUCUCUUUGAUUUGAUGGGCCGUGCAGGGAAGUCUUACCCAAGGGAAUAUCAUGGCAGCCGCAUCACCCAGGGUGGUUCAACCACUGUUGAUCUUGUUGUUGGAUCAAAGUCGCCUGACUUCAGCCUUUAUGAAGUGAAAGACAGCAGCAGGCAGGAUCAGAAAGUCCUGAAUGUGAUGCCUACAGUUGCCUUGGAGGUAGGAUAUUACGGGGAAGGGGAAAGGAAAUUGACUUUAGAUGCCGGCCGACUCAUAUGCCUAUCGAAAGGCAUGAUACAAUUAGUGGCCACUAUCAAUAUCGAUCACGAGGUGGAGAAGCAAAAUGAUGGAAGACGAAAACUAAAAUCCGUCGUAUGGACACACUGGGAGAUGGAUCCAGAGUAUCCCAAAUUGGUUGAAGAGAAUGACAAGUAUGAGCUCAAUGAGCUCAUUCCUGAAAACGACGGAAAGAUGGUGGAAGAUCAAACGACUGUCCAACCGCCGCCCGAUGCCUAUCGAGCAGUAGUGAAAUUUGCCCAAACACCCUAUUGGGUUAGAGCUUACAGGUCUAACAUUUACAAGCUCUUCCCACCAACAGGAAUCCGAUCUAUCCCGAUUCUGCAUCGUCAUUUGUUUCGCGAUCCACAGGAGUGCGACCAGGAAAAUCCCGCAUUUACCAUUGAGACAGCAGAUAUCAUGGCUACAAUUCACAGCUUUGAAAGGGUUCAGCGGGAGAUGGACGGCAAAAAGAAGAGGAAGCCGGAAGAGGAAGACUUGAUGGACAAGGAACUUCUUGCAAGAUUAAAAAAACGACGUCCCAACUAG